AUGGUGGACGAAGAGACGCUGGUGCAAAUAUUUACUGCCACGCUCUCUGCGGACAAAGCGACGCGUAAGGAAGCGGAGACGGCACUGGCGAAUCUCUCCAACGACCCCAAUAUUAUCCCGCAACUUAUUCGGUUUGCCUGCAACGACUUACGACAGGCCGGUGCGGCAGCACAAGUCGCGCAGCACGCAGCUUCUAUUCGUGUACGCAACGUGGUAGGUCGCAGUGACUGGAACCGCCAAUCAUACUUCACGGAGAAUGUAAAGGCUAACGUACGUGAUUGUAUAGUGCCGCUGCAGUGCUCAUCGCAUGUUCCACCCGCGGUUCGUCGACAGCUCUUGGAUACCACACAAGAACUUAUCACAUAUGACUAUCCGGCGUCUUGGCCAACACUUAUGCCCCAGUUAACAUCUAUCCUCGAUGAAUGCGUGAAUGUACUUAACAGCGAUGUGGGCGCUGUUGCGACACCACCUUAUGAAACAGCAGCCGCCAGGCUUAGGGCGGCACUAGGCGUUUUGCUUGCUUGCUGCAGGUAUUACAAUAAUCCAAUAAAUGUCGACGCAGAGGCGGUGGACGAUUUCGUUGACCGCAUUGGUCCUUCGCUGGUGUCUCUGGCGGAGCUGUUGGGCUCUGCGUGGGGACAGGAGUUGCUUCAACAUUCGCAUGCGGUGUGUCAGACGGGAGUGCCACUUACGUUUGAAAUAUCGCCGUUGCAUACGGUGCUAACCGACUGCCUGCGUAUUGUGCUUAAGUGUUUCCACGAGCUCACGGCCUCGCGGUGGCCUCGUUUUCUUUGUGAAAGACCUGAGAUGGAACAUUUCUGCCGGGUUUGUGUGGUGCAAUUGUCGGAAGCAGCAUACUCAACACUGCUACCACUCUACCGUCAUCGUAUCAGUAGCUGUGAAGACGAUGAGAACGGCGAGGUAGAUCUCGCCACUACGGACGAAUCGGCUGUAUGGAAGUUACUCAAGUGGGUGACCCGACUUUCUUAUCAGUUGGUUCAAGAACUCAUGUUUCCUAAGAAGUGCGAAUCGCGCGCUAGGGGCUCUGCAAAGUACUUCUGUGAAAACAUCCUGCUGCCGCUUGUUCAACAAGCACUUGAAUUUAUUCGGUGGCAUGCCUCUCCGCGCAUCGUCACUUCUAAGGCGUACAUUUUGGCACUUGAGAUAAUUACAUUGGCUGUCGAGCACAGUGCAGUGUACCGUCAAAUAUUGUUUCCGAACGCAGGAGAGUUGCUCACACAGCUGCUGUUUCCUCGGCUUGCAUUUUCCUCUGUAGAUGCUGAGCUUUGGUCAACGAACCCCGUGGAGUACGUUCGGCGGCAGACUGACCCUCAAGAAGAUAUGUACAGUGCACGAGUCGUGUCUGGUAGUCUCAUUUUGGCUCUCACUACACCCUCGCGACCGUUCCACGACGCAUUGGCUCUUACAAACUUUAUGCACUUUGUUCUUGAGAAGUUGUCGACCCACUCGGCCGCGGCCGCUUGUGGAGCUGUGGAGGAAUCUCGCGUGGUGGACGCAUGCUUUUUUGCUGUUUACCAGUUCGGUGGUAUGCUGGAUGUUGCCGGAUUUCCCAAUGAGAGGGUGGAGUGGCUCAUUACCGAAUACAUCAUACCCGCAGCGGCAUACCCCGCUGGUAUUCUCCGGGCACGAUGUGCGCUUGUACUUAGUGUGCUGGCCCCCAAGAUUAAAUGGAGUAGCUCUCAGGCGUACCAGCGAGUUGUUCAUGUGGUACUUCGACUGUUGCAGGACGCCGAGCCGCCAGUGCGCAUCCAAGCUUGCUCAAGUUUUGCACCACUUAUAUGCCACCCAUUUGCACAUGAAGUGAUAACACCCGUUAUCGGCGAGGUUAUUCAAAACUACUUCAGCGCUAUGCGGAUGAUGGACAAUGAGGGUGUGGUACGCACACUUCGGAAAACGAUUCGGCACUACCGCAGAACACUGUCGCAAUGGGCUCUGCAGCUUACGGACGUACUCGCUCAACACUUUGAGCAAAUGUUGGGACGUGCCCUUUCAGAAGGACAUACGGACUCUGUUUUGGAAUCACUUGAUGCUUGCAAUAGUGAAAAAUCGUCCAAAACGCUCGGUGGUGCUGGUGAGAGCACUGUUUCUGAUUCUAUUAUGGCCGCCGACGAGGUGCUCGAUACCCUCGUGACGCUCGUUCGAUCGCUCCCGCAACCAAAUGUUUCCACGCCUGGCUCCCAGCCUGUUGAUGACUUACUUUUGCAAAUACAGGAGCGUACAGCUCCGAUGCUCUUUGCUGUGUUAGCGCAAGAAGGUGGUAGUUGUUUUGGUUUCAUGGAUGCAACGCUAAUGCUUCUCACCACCGUGCUAUCUAAAAGCACUGCUGUUUCCACUGGCACUUGGAAACUUUUGUUGUGCUUGUAUCAAUUAGUAUCACAAGGAUCCGUGGAUUACUUUAGCCAGAUGCUGCCUCCACUUGACAACUUUGUUUGUGUUGCCCCACGGGAAUUCUUGUGUUUUCCCAUGAAAGAACUUUGCGAGGUGCCGACAUUCGCAGCAGGUGUCGCCGAUUCUACUCCUGCGCAACUCGUCAGUAUAAUGUGCGACACUGUGCUUAACAACGAAAGCGAUUUGCGUCUGAGUGAGCUUGCUGCUGUGCCCAAGAUGUACGAUUCCAUGCUGCAAAAUCUUUGGUCACUCAAACAGAAGAACCCAGAGGAAGGUGAAAGUCGGGUUGCUGCAGCAAGAGGACUUGUUGAGUAUGUGAUACAGACGGCGCUUCGAGUCUUGAACGAUCCACAGUGCAGGCAAAUGCAUCGACGCACCUUCACAAUACUUUUCGUGAACAGCGUCUUCUCUGCGAUUCUCGCCGAUCCGGAUCUUGCCAUUAGAUCCCUCUCUUCUGCCGGUGCCUUGGUACCACUGUUUGCGAACUACAUAGAGUUGGUACAGGGAAAGGAAUUGCAAGCGAUGCUGCGGUCUUACGAUCGUCGUCUCUUCAUUAUGACGGUUGCUUCCGUCACACAAAUAAUGUGCGCCAAAGACCAACAGAUGUCUGAUUGUGUGGCCGAGGUACUUUGCGGUGUCCUCCAGAGCAGUGUGCUGACGGACUUUAGCCAUGCUGAACUCGUGAUGGCUGAGGAGGAAGCGAAGAAACCUGAGCUUGGUGAUGAUGGCGAAGAUGAGUGGAGUAAUGAUGGCCUCGAUGACGAUCUGGUGGACAACGCUGAGGAUGAGGAUGAGGAUGAUGAUGAUGAGUGGGACGACGAUGGUGAGGAUAGUGAUGACGAUUUGGAUGCUAAUGGCAUGGCAGACGAGGGCCACCUGCAGGCGCUUCUCAUGGAAGCCGCUGCCGCCCGCAAGGAUGGUAAAGGUGGCGCGGGGUGCGAUGAAGAGGAGGAAAACUUGCUCGACGAAGCUGAUUUUGUGAGCCCCAUUGACAGUUGCAAUGCUUGGUCGCUUUUGUUAAGUGCCGUUAAUCUGUGUUCCCUCUCGGCAGCAAGCGCACCACCCGCGCAGUUCAUUCAAGUAGCGAAAGGUGCAGCGGCACAGCAACAACUCUCCGCUGUUCAGCAAGUGAGUGAUAUGAUGGGACAGCUUAUGGUGCUCCGGGAGCAACGUAAGGGUGCAGCACGUAGCUCGUGA